AUGAUGCUCGCAGAUCAGGCUUUGCCAGCAAAAGAUCCUGUGGUUACAACUGAUGGAUUCCUUUAUGACCGAGCAGUUAUCUUGGAAUAUAUUGUUAGUCAGAAAGCUGAGAUCCAACGAAAAAUUAAACUUUAUGAAAAACAGAAAGCUCGUCUAGAUGCUGAGGCUAAAUUGUUUAUCAAGGCCGAAAAAGAAGAAGUAGCCCGACGCUUUUUAUCACUGAAUACUUUAGACACUCAUUCACAAGCGUCUGCACAAGCAGCUGAAGCAGAGGCUCUGGCCUCCCUAUCCCAUAAACGCAGUGGCGUGGUUGAAAAGAGCUCCUGCUUUUGGGCUCCCGCUAGCACAUCAGAUCAGAAGUUUGACAAGGAACUUAUGAGUGAACCUGACAAAAUUGUACGCUGUCCGAUGAGCGGCAAACCACUGAAGUAUAAAGAUCUAGUCGGUGUAAAGUUCACCAACUUUGAAGAUGAUUCUGAAUGCUCCACAAUAUUACAAUUCAUUUGGAACUUGAAGCUUCCAGUAUACCACGUUAACUCUGAACAAAUCAAAGUUCUGACGACUCCACAAGAGUUUUUUCAUGGUUUACUGGAUCAUAUUGGUAGCGCGAAUAAACGGAUCAUUUUGUCAACUUUAUAUAUAGGGACAGGUUCGCUCGAAACUGAGUUAGUUACUGCGCUUACAAAAGCCGUUCGUGAAAGAAAUGUGAAACUUACCAUUCUAAUGGAUGCUACUCGCGGUUUACGACCCACCGUUACGACUAAAUACUAUUCAGGUAUAGGCAACACAGGUACUUCCUCGUCCACUGGAAACCUUUUAGAACCUGUCCCAUUCUCUUCAUGUCACUUUUUGGCUCCGUUGACUACCCUACCUGAUGUAUCUAUUUUACUCUACAGACAUCCUUCUCCUUAUAAAUGGAUCAAAUAUUUACUGCCUAAUCGUUGGAAUGAAAUAUUUGGUGUUCAACAUAUCAAAGCAUAUGUCUUUGAUGAUUCACUUAUUAUGAGUGGCGCAAAUUUAAGUCAUGAAUAUUUUACAAGUCGACAAGACAGAACAUGGAUAUUUAAAAAUAGCCCCGAUUUAGCCAAUUUCUAUUCUGAUCUUGUACAUGUAAUUAGUCAAUUUUGCCAUUCCCUUCACCCAGAUGGUAGUGUAACAGCUAAUAAAAAAGACAUUCUCUCAGCUAAUUCAUUUGUCUUUCGACAGAAACUUCACAAUGCUUUAACUAGUUUCUUUAAGAGCAAGUAUGAAGAAAGCUGUAAUACGGAUACUUCGUCAACAAAGGACACUUAUAUAAUCCCUUUACUUCAGUAUGGACAUUGUAAUAUUCGUUUUGAAGAAGAUUUUAUGCAACGUUUAUUCAAGUAUCUUACCGAUCAGGUUCAUUCCUCCAUCAAAUUAUUUCUAGCUUCUGGUUAUUUCAAUUUGACGAAGUCAUAUGAAAAGUUAUUCGUUGACAUUGUGAAGUUCAGUCAGGGCUCAACAGUGAAUCUCUUGUGUGCUUCACCUACGGCCAAUGGAUUUUUGAAGUCAAAAGGUAUUUCGGGUUACAUACCAUUGGCUUAUAGAGAGGCGCUUAUUCAACUACUUCAGUCAUUUCACACUGGAGUAAAGUCGAAUUGUUUUGGUGUCUGUGAGUAUCAAAGACCUGAAUGGACGUUUCAUGCUAAAGGUCUAUGGGUUGAAGGAGUUAUUGGUCGUGAUGGUGGUGUGAACAAUCCUUCGUACAGCUUAUCACUUAUCGGUUCUUCAAACUAUAGCUAUCGUUCAUUGCAUCGAGAUGUUGAAAGUCAAUUGUGUGUAUUUACACUCAGUAAACAACUAAGUCAACAUUUGCAUGAAGAAAGAAAUCAUAUUUUCUCUUCCAAGUAUUGUUAUCCUGUGACUUUAGGCCAAUUAAUUUAUGAAUCCAAUUAUCGUUUACCAUGGUAUACUAGAUUCAUGCUGCCAGUAUUUAGACGUUAUAUGUAA